UUUUAAUUGGGAAAUUAUAUUAAUGAACGCUAAAUUUUUGGAAUCAAUCGAAUUAUUACGAGACAAUAAUGUGACACAGUUUGAAAAGCUUAUUAAACAAUUUCCUCAAUUACUUGAGAUACGACGUCGUGGACGUUCCUUACUUACCUAUGCAUUACUUUAUGAUCGCCUACGAGCACUACAAAUUAUUUCAAGGCAAUCAUUUGAUAGUGAAGAAUGUUCGGAAAGUGUUUUACAUUGGGUUGCAAGAUUUGAUGCACGAAAAUGUUGCAAAUAUUUGCUAAGCUUACCGCGACAAUAUUCCGAAAUACCAUGGAUUGCAAUCAAAAAUAAUCAACAAAUUACACCAAUUCAUGUUGCAGCACAUUAUGGUCAUGUGAAAAUUUUAAAAAUGUUUUUUCAAUAUACCGUAUUAGAUAGUGAAAAUUUUUAUCAAAUGGUAAAUGAUAAUUUCGGUCGAUCACCACUACAUUAUGCUGCAUGCACUGCAAGAUUGGAAUGUUGUGAAGUAUUGCUUGAUGAAAAACUUGGAUUACCGGUGGAUCAGAAGGAUCGGAAUGGUCAUACACCAUUAAUGUGUGCUGCUGCUAGUUGUUAUCCGGAUGCACCAGAAGUUGUGCGUUUAUUGGGAAGCCGAAAAAUAAAUUCAGUAACAGCCCGUGAUAUUGAUGGGCGAACGGCAAUGCAUUUGGCGGUAAUUGCCCAAAACACGGUUGUUGUUGAUAUUUUACUCAACGAACUGGAAUGUCCUUCAGAGACAUUUGAUAAUGAUGCUCGUACACCGCUACAUUAUGCAGCAAAGCGUGGAUUCGAUGAAGUGGUCAAGAAAUUGUUAGCAGCAAAAGCUCGAAAUGCUACGCGGGAUUGUUUCGGUAUUUCACCGGCACAUUAUGCUGUACAGAGUGGUCAUCGUAGUGUUGUUGACCGAUUAAUGGUUUCUGCUGGUCGUAUGGAGCAAUAUGAUAGUGAUGGACGUUCAUGUUUUAUGUGGUCAGUAAUUGCUGAUCAAGAAUUAUUAGUGCAACAUUUCUUGGAAUGUUAUCAACCAAAUCGUAAUCAUAAAGAUAAGUAUGGUUAUACAGCACUUCAUCAUGCGGCACAUAUUGGAAGUUUACGUUUGGUAAAAUUAUUAGUAAAAGAAGGAUGGAAUAUUCAU